UUAGUAUAAAAAGUGUGAAGAAGAAGGCGGAAAACACCAUUUUCAAUUUUCUGAUCUGCAGCAGUUACAUAAAUCAUCCCACUGCUUCUUCUUCCAUCCAUUAAACACACACACACACACACACACACACACACACACACACAUUCUGCUGUGUGAUUGCGCAAUUGGCAGUGGUGAACAUGUCAGCGGAAUCGGCAUCUUCGUCCACGGCUCCUCCUCCGCCGCCAGUGCAGGGGCCUACGCGUAGAUUUACAGGCCGAGACAACCGCGGCGGCCGUUCCGUCAUUCUCAGGCAACCUGGUGGCUACUCCGCCGAGAUUCUGUUUUAUGGAGCUCAAGUAGUAUCGUGGAAGAAUGAACAUAAACAAGAGUUACUUUUUCUCAGUAAACAGGCCAUUUACAAACCUCCACAAUCGGUUCGUGGAGGCAUCCCAUUUUGCUUCCCGAAGGUUAAUUUGCUUCUUUUGUUCGUUUCGACUCCAAUUGCCUAAUUACGUUUAUUCGG